AUGUCGUUUAUGAGAUGCCUUCUGCCUGGAGAGGAGGGCACAGAAGACUUCGCUGCCAUUCGAAGUGCUCGAGUGCUGUUGCUGGCGGCGCUGGUGGCUGCGGCGCGCGCGGGCGGGCCCGCCGCCUACACCACCUACACGGCGACGGCGGACGCGCUGGGCGGCGUCGGCCACACGCACGAGAGCACCGUCAAGGGCUUCGGCGGCCAGAACGUCCUCUCGCAGUACUCCAAGUCGGUGGACACGCCCACCUCCAGCGUGCGCAUCUCCAGCUCGCGCUCCAGCAACGACGUGGGCUACGGCGCCGCCGGCGUGGCCUACGGCGCGCCCGCCCUGCCGCGUUCGCCACCGCGCCGCACCGCCGUGGCCUACGGCGCCCCCGCCGGCGUCACCUACACCUCGGCGCGCCCGCCCUCCGCGUCGCCGCCAGCCGCCCCCGCCGUGACGUACGGCGCCCUGCACGCGGCCGCCCCGCGGGCGUCACCUACACCUCGCAGCGCCCGCCCUUCGCGUGGCCGCCGCCCCUGCCUGGCCUAUCGGCGCCCCGCCGGCGUCACCUACACCUCGGCCCGCCCGGCCGUCCGCGUGGCUGCCGCGCCCGCUGCCGUCACCUACACGUCCGCAGCUCCCGCCUUCGGUGGCCGCGGCCCCGCCGUCCUCCUACGCCGCUCCCGCGUGUCUUACGCGCCCCCGCCGUCCGCGUGGGCCGCGGCUCCCCGCCGUGUCCUACGCCGCCCCCCCGCUGUGUCCUACCGCGCCCCGCUGCUGUUCGCGUGGCCGCCGCCGCCCCGCCGUCAGCGUCGCCACCGCUCCCGCCGGCGUCACCUACGGCUCCGGAUACGCCUACGGCCUCCGGUCUGGCUUACGGCUCCGGCCCUCGGGUACGGCUCCGGUCUGGCUUACGGCUCUGGCCUCGGCUACGGCUCCGGUCUGGCUUCGGCGGCGUCCCCGCCCCUGGCUCGGCUCCGGUCUGGCCUUACGGCCUGGUUCGUCCGGUUGAACGUGGCAUACGGCGCCCGCGCGUCGCCGCGCCCGCCUCCGCGUGGUCCGCCGGCCCCGCGCUGGCGUACGGAGGCGGAUACGGGUACGGAUACGCGCGCCCGCUUGGGCGUACGCGCCGCCCCCGCCGUCGCCAAGACCGUCUCCUACUCCGCCGCCCCCGCGACCAGCACGCACACCUUCAGCGGCCACGGCACCAGCUACUCCUGGUAA